UGACGACAAGUGCUGGAAGAAAAAUUGUGGUGCUGCUGCUCACUGGAAAAAGUUCCUUUCCUGGUCCGUUGUGUAUCGCAGCAGAUUAAAUAAGUGCUUAUUCCAUUACAUUAAGAACCCAUAUUGACGGCUGCAUUGAUAUAUAGUCAAAAGAAAGGUAGCUUCCCAUCGGGCCGGUCGUGUUUACAAACGAUUUUUUUUUCUACGGCUGCAAAUUUCUUCCCCCACCAAAUCGAAUUUCACUACUCGAAAAGCGCUGUUUACGCUGUUAAAUCCUACGCGGUGGAACAAACGGAAUGACCUCGACGACGAUUCCCACCAUCUGCAAGGAUCUGGACGGUGACGACCGGUGGCUCAGUGUGCACAAGCGGUUCGUGCAGGAGUGCAAGGAGAAAGACCCGGACGUGAUGUUUGUCGGAGAUUGCAUUCUGGAAGCGCUGCAGUUCACCGAAUACUGGAACAGUCACUUUGUGCCGAUGCAUUGUUUGAAUUUCAGCAUACGAAACGACCGGACCCAGAACGUGCUCUGGAGACUGCAGAACGGCGAGCUGGAAAACGUGAGGCCAAAGGCGAUCGUGCUGCAUGUUGGAACGAAUAAUAUUAGCGACAGCGCCGAAGAGGUAACCGAAGGACUGUUGGAACUGGUGAAGACCAUCCGGAGCAAACUGGCCGACGUGUAUAUCGUGAUUCCGACUCUUCUUCCCCGUGGGCACCAGCCGAACGCACUCCGAGACAAAAACCGUGCCGUCAAUCAGCUUCUCAAGGAACGCUGCGUCGGAAUGAACAAGGUGCAGAUUGUUUGCGUCGACUCGGGCCUGAUACAGAGUGACGGUACCAUCAGCCAUCACGAUAUGUUCGACUACCUGAACCUGACGAACGUGGGCUGCAAAAAGGUGUUCGAGCCUGUUUGGGACCUACUGCAGCAGAUACUGACCGAAAACGAGAAGGAGCGUGACCUUACCCCAUCGGAGUGAACCAAGAACGACGGCGAAUGGUACGAGUCAAUUCUCUUGGAACAGGCAACAGGCAUUGGCAGCGAUAGUGGUAGAGCUGUGCGACAUUCUCAUACUUCUUACGAACAUUCUUAGCCAGUAGGUCAUUUGUUUUGUCUCAUUUGCAACUCGAUGUAGGAUUAAAGUCAAACAACUUAUAAAAUUGCACAUUCCUCUUGAUUAUGAUAAAAAGCUUAUUAGAAUGUUUAUAUUCGAUAGAACUAUGAACGUGUUUCAUAUUAAUCGUUAUUUUGACUCACAAUGAUAUUAUUUAUUCCAUGUAUCCAAUAUUUAUUAGGCAUAGUGUUAGCGUUAUAUCGCUGAUGGCGAAGUUAUUUCUCGGCUAGUAUAGUUUUUAUAAAAAAUAAUCAUUGAUAGUAGCUUCCAGAAAUUUCUGUUUUGGCUCCAACCGUACUAGGCUAGUUGUUAAGAUUUGGCCCUAUUCUUUAGACCGCCGUCUUCUUACGAAUAUGUAGUGAUUCUUAAAACAUUCCACCUUACCUCACAAAACUAUUCAAAGUAACGAGUAAUUCCACGAGUUUAGAACACUAGAAUUUACUAUGAUCUCAAUCUUGAUGAACUGAAAUCUACGACGAAAUACAAAUCUACUCUAAACAUGGUUGCAUAUUUUUCUAUACUGUUCUUACAUGAAAAAUAUAAGAAAUAGUGCUAACUACUAAAUCGGAGCAUUGAAUAUAAAGUGCGCGUUAAUGCAAGAGACUUCUUAUCGGACUUGAACAAAUCAACAACCAAAUAACAUAAACUUAUUGGAAAAGGAAGAAAAGAUUUCAGCUCCGGGGAGGUGCAGCAUGCAUACAUUGCUGCGAACUUUCCAAAUAUAAUUUAUUUUUGUACUAGUUUACAUUUUGUUAUAAUUACCUUUUAACUUCAUGUAUUCAAUAACCGAUUACACUUAAUUAUAGAUUUUCAACUGCAAGUUUGUUUGAAUUGGAAUUCGUAAUCCGGGUUCAAGUCGUAUUCCAAAGAUUGUGGUCUGAUAACGAAACAGAUGCGGAAGAAUGAUAAACAUGAUAUAUGAUGAGCGAAUAACCCCUAGAAUAACCAGAUGGAAAUAAAGAUGCUGUGCAGUGAUUUUGCUACUGAAA